AUGGAUGCCAAGCCCCAGAGAAUUCGCGUCCGAACGGACGAGAACGCUCCCUUCCCGCUUGCUACCGGCAAGACCGUUCACCAGCGAAACAAGUCCACACCGGCCCUGUCGACGAUGUACCAGACCGGCACCACCAAGAAUAAUGGUCCUCGGAGGGCCGCUUUCGGAGAUGUCAGCAAUACCACCAAUUCGGUCCAAGGCAGCCGCGACGAUGCCGCCCUCGCCGUCAAGAAAUCGUCCAAAGCCCUGGAGAAACCAGCCGCCCUCAUUGUGGAGCGCAAACCAUCCGUGUUGUCCCAGCCCGCCCACCGUCCCUUGUCCACGUCGGGCGUGAAGGGUGUGCUGAACACGGUGGCCACCCAGAAGCCCCUCGAGCAAUCCGGAAAGACCGUCGGUCUACAACAAACUGCGAACACACGGAAGCAUCUCAUCAAGCGCGGAACCGUCUUCAAAGACUCGUUGGAGCCGUUGACUGAGAAACGUGAAAUCCCAUCCAAGGAAACAACCGAAUUAAAGGAAGAAAACAUUGAGGGCCAUUUACCAGCGUCGUCCUCCGCGCCGUCGCAGCUGGACAGUCUCCAGGAGGCCAUCGCCCCCUCCAAGACAUCGAUUGAGAUUGUGAGCAACCUGCCGGACAACUCAGAGACUGAAGAGGAAAACGAGGUUUCAAAGACGGAGGAUGACUGUCAAGUCCAAGAUGUCAAGGAACGCGUCAAGACUCAGGAUCCAGUGCAUGAUCAUCUCCCAGCACCGUCCGAGCCUGAAGAGUACUGGGAUGACGAGGAGGACGAGAAUGAGGAUGAAGAUGGCUACAACACGGCCACUGCGUACCGCUCUCGAGGUGACAACACCACUGGAGGAACCACGACGGUUCUCUUCCCUAAGUUCACCCAGAAAGUGAAGCGGGAGCUGGCUCUCGCCAAACAGAUCGUGGAGGCUACUCGGACGGUGGAAGACAUUGAGGAUGAGUUUUGGGACACAAGCAUGGUCGCUGAUUACAGUGAUGAUAUCUUUGAGUACAUGAAGGAGCAAGAGAUCAAAAUGAUGCCUAAUGCUCACUACAUGGACAACCAAGCGGAAAUACAGUGGUCCAUGCGCUCCGUCCUUAUGGAUUGGCUUGUGCAGGUUCACCACCGGUUCUCCCUUCUCCCAGAGACGUUGUUUCUCUGUGUUAACUACAUCGAUCGCUUUCUCUCCUGCAAGAUUGUGUCCCUCGGAAAGUUGCAGCUUGUCGGCGCAACAGCCAUCUUUAUCGCUGCCAAAUACGAAGAGAUCAACUGCCCCUCCGUCCAGGAGAUCGUGUACAUGGUUGAUGGAGGCUACACCGUCGAUGAAAUCCUCAAGGCUGAACGGUUCAUGCUCAGCAUGCUGCAAUUUGAGCUGGGCUGGCCCGGCCCGAUGAGCUUCCUGCGGAAGAUCAGCAAGGCUGAUGACUACGAUCUGGAGACCCGAACCCUCGCCAAAUACUUCUUGGAGAUCACGAUCAUGGAUGAGCGUUUUGUCGGAUGUCCCCCUAGCUUCACCGCUGCUGGUGCUCACUGCCUGGCGAGACUGAUGUUGAGAAAAGGCACCUGGUGUCAUGCGCAUGUCCACUAUGCGGGCUACACCUAUUCUCAGCUUCUUCCGUUGAUCUCGCUGAUGAUGGAGUGCUGCGAGCUUCCUCGCAAGCACCAUGCCGCCAUCUACGAGAAGUAUACGGACAAGCGUUUCAAGCGUGCUUCCUUGUUUGUCGAGGCUGAGAUGAGGAAGGGAUUCCGUCUCCCCGAGACACCCAAGGACACUUCUGCCACGCUCGACUAUUGGAAGCGUGCGUGA